UGUAGCAGUGCUAGCUUAACUGGUUAAGUCUUGAUCGAUAAACGUCUUAAACUCUGUAAGACAAGUGUUUAAUUUAUGUCAGGCUCUAGGUUUAACAGUUUUUAUGAGGAAACUCCUUCUUUGUGUUUGUUUUGAAGCCACUGUGAUUAUUUUCUAGUCUGGGUUUGCAGUAGAGCAUGUAAUUAGCCCUCACCAGCGAAGUGAAUGUACCGAUAGACUCCGCGGCUAACAGCAGAAACUUUGUCAGUGGUUUAGACGUUUGAGCUUUUACUGUUUUCAUUGUAAUAUGUACGAAUCCCCUCCGAGGUUGUGAGACUGUGCGGGAUCGUCUCAACAGAGUGGAUCCAGAACUACUGACCAGAAUUACUGUAUUUGUUAGUUGUUAUGUCUGACGGCAGUUUCAGGAGGAGACAAACAGAAGAUCAGGGCUGAAACCUGGUUCAACAUGUGAAAGUUGCAAGCAAGGAAAAUCCCAGGUCCAGUGAGGAUGACUGAGAUUAUGAAGGUUGAAGCAGAUGAACCUGGAGAGUUCAGAUUAGAGCCUCCCACACCUGCAGCAUCCACAUCAGAACUGGAGGAGGAAACACAAGACAGGACAGAUCUCAAACACACCUGUUGGGAUAUCCACUCUCUCCGAGGGAAUCCUGCUGACAUGUUUGCUGCUAUGCAACAUUUCAAGCCGACUGAAUGUUCCCACAUUGUUAAAAUUCGGCAUGAAGCUGUUUUACGACUCCAUCAGAUGUUGGUGAUCAAAAAAGAAGUUCCUCAUGACUGGAACCCCGCUUUGGACCUGCAAGACCAAGAGCCCCCCCACACUAAGGAGGAAAAUAAGGAACUAUGGGUUCAUAAGAAGGAAGAGCAACUUACUGUGAAGAGUGAGGAUGAAGAGAAACCGCAGUUAUCAGAGCUUCAUCAGAUUAAAACCGAAGACAAAAGGAAGACGAAAACUGGAAGGGAGAACUGUGGAGGACCAGAAUCAGGUAGAAAAGCAGCUGGAUUACGCUCUUCACAACAAAGUAAGGUGAUGGUGAACAAAAGAGCUAAAAAAUUUAAACUGCGUGCCAAACCUGCCUGUCAGAUUAGUGUGCACACAGGAGAGAAACCAUUUGGUUGCAAUAUUUGUGGCAAGAGAUUCAGGCACAAACCUUAUGUUAAGCUACACAUGAUGAUUCACACUGGAAUCAGAGAACAUAGCUGCGAUUUUUGUGGUAAAGGCUUUAAAGAAAAACGUUGUCUUCAGACACACGUGAGACUCCACACUGGGGAGAAACCAUUUGCCUGUGAUGAUUGCGGUAGAAGGUUUCACGCAAAGACAAGUCUGAGUAGUCACUUGGAGGUCCAUUCAGAAGAAAAUCCAUUUUCUUGUGAUGUUUGCGGUUCAAGAUUUAAAAGGAAUGGAAAUCUUAAAAAGCACAUGAGGAUCCACACUGCAGAGAGACCUUUUGUUUGUAGUGUUUGCAGUAAAGGAUUUUCACAACAAAUUCAUCUAAAAAGCCACAUGACUGUUCACACGGGAGAGAAACCGUUCAUCUGUAGGGUUUGCAAUAAAGAAUUUUCGCGACAAGGAAAUCUAAAGAGGCACAUGAGCGUUCACACAGGAGAGAAGCAGUUUAUUUGUGAUGUUUGUAGUAAAGGAUUUUCAAAACAAAACUAUCUCAAAAAUCACAUGGAGUCUCACACUGCACCAUUUAGUUGCAGCGAUUGUGGUAAAUGUUUCAUGGAGGAAAUGCAGUUGAAGCAACAUAUGAGACUUCACACUGAAGAGCGUCCGUUUGGUUGCGACGUCUGUAAAAUCAGGUUUAACAAAAAAUAUAAUCUGAACAGUCACAUGAGGCUCCAUCUAGGAGAAAAACCGUUUGCCUGUAGAGUUUGCACAAAAGUAUUUUCACGACAUGGAGAUCUGAAGAAACAUAUGUGUGUUCACGAGGGUUUUAGCUAAAAAUUAUUUUUCAUUGUGUUUUUAUUUUUGUCUAUCUAUCCAGUGUUUCUGAGGGCACAAUUUUAUUUCUGUUUCUUAAACAUGUACGACUAUGAAGCGAAAGAUGUUUGUAGGAUCCCAAUUGCGGUUCAGAUCACAUGACGUGCAAUAAAGUGAAUCACUGGGUCAUUAUCAUCAAUUCCACUUGAAAGAGCAGAACUUAGACUCUGAGAUUCUUCUAAAACCAGAUGUAUGAUUAAAGGUUAAAAAUUUGAUGAGACGUGCAUAAUUUUAUUUUAUUUUUUUUCCCCAAAUUGUUUCCCCAUUUGAAACGCCUGUUAGAUAAAUCAUAAGUUAUUACUCUGUGAUGAAAAUACCCAGCAGUUCUGAAGUGGACCAGAUGGGGGCGCCAAAUAUUAUCAGGCCGGAGGUCAACCCAGUGACCUGUUACAUAUAGAUAUGGGUCUGUAUUUAUCUGACAUGUCAGCCAACUUUCAUAUUCAUUUCAAAGACACUGAUACUGACUUUUCCAAUCUUUUAUUUUUGAUUAUAUUGUAUUUAUUUUGUUUUGAAGUGUAGAUAAAAUAAAUAAAUAAAAUUCAGCUUCAAAUACA